GAUCACCGUGAUGAGGGCCAGGCAGGGGUACCGGAUUUCUUCAGCAUUUUCCUUUCUCUCCGUUAUUUAGUGUGUUUUUACUAUCUCACAUCCAGUGAACAGGUGGAGGCUUUUCAAGUUCUCUAUGCCAGCGUAAUGGUGGCAUUUCAGACCCCCGCCCUUUUCUGUAUUCCAAGUUUUUUUUUGUUUUUUUUAGAUUUCAUGCCUCAUUCUGCUCGUACAGUUUUUCAAAGUGCGUCGAGAUGUUCUGUCGCGAAGUAGGAAACUCCUCUGGACGUACGCGGAUGAACUAUUUUUUCUGUGGCAGAGACUGAUCAGAUUUGCUCUGCAUUACUGUUGGCUUUUACAGAAAAAAACAUGCAUCAUAACCAGGAGGAGCAGUCGGUAAAUCCAAUUACUGCGCAGCACGGGACAGCGCACCACAGUGACACCCACGGCCUGGGGAGCAGCUUGGGCAGCAGCCUCACUGACCUCCAGCCACCUGCUUACUCCAAACUGGAGUUCAGGAGAAAUUCAGUGUCAGAUGAUUAUAAGAUCACAACCCAGGUCCUCGGCCUGGGAAUCAAUGGCAAAGUGCUGGAAUGUUACUGCAAGAAAACAGGAGAGAAGUGUGCCCUCAAGAUCCUGUAUGAUACUCCUAAAGCUAGACGAGAGGUUGAGCUGCACUGGCGAGUUUCCGGAGGUCCCCACAUUGUCCGAAUACUCAGCCUGUAUGAGAACAUGCACCAGGGGAAGAAAUGUCUCCUCAUCAUAAUGGAGUGUAUGGAGGGAGGGGAGCUGUUCAGUCGCAUUCAGGCCAGAGGGGACCAGGCUUUCACGGAGAGAGAGGCAUCAGAGAUCAUGCAUGACAUCGGCACAGCCAUAGAGUACCUCCACCACAUGGACAUUGCUCAUAGGGAUGUAAAGCCUGAAAACCUGCUCUAUACUAUGAAGGAGAGUAACGCUACACUAAAACUGACUGACUUUGGCUUUGCUAAGGAGACCAUGCUGCACAACUCCCUGCAAACUCCUUGUUACACACCAUAUUAUGUCGCCCCAGAGGUGCUUGGGCCAGAGAAAUAUGACAAAUCUUGUGACAUGUGGUCUCUCGGCGUCAUAAUGUACAUUCUUCUGUGUGGGUUUCCUCCGUUCUACUCAAACACAGGUCAGGCCAUCUCUCCAGGCAUGAAGCAGAGGAUCAGGUUGGGCCAAUAUGAGUUCCCCAACCCUGAGUGGGCUGACGUUUCUGAGGAAGGUCAGGAUUUGCACAUAAUAUUCAUCAAUACCAAACAGCUGAUCAUUCAGUUACUGAAGACAGACCCCAAUGAGAGGAUGACAAUUGGACAGUUCGUGAACCAUCCUUGGAUUAGUCAGUCAAUGGUGGUCCCUCCAACACCCCUCCACACCUCUCGUGUUUUGACAGAGGACAGGGAGCUUUGGGACGAUGUUAAGGAGGAAAUGACCAGUGCCCUGGCCACCAUGCGUGUUGACUACGACCAGGUGAAGAUCAAAGACCUAGACAUGUCCAAUAAUCCUCUGCUCAAUAAGAGACGGAAGAGGCCUAUGACUGAAGGGUCCGACACAGGAGGAGAUGGUGAUGGAGGAGUGGUGUGUAAUAGUCACAGAGAAGUUACAUUUUCUGAAAAGCAUGGGGAAAUGAUUAUUUGAGAAAAAUAGUAUAAAAGUCUGAAAGCCAGAGUGAGCAAUAUUUUUCCAUCUACAUGUCACUUUGUUGUAUUUUACUCACAUUUUCUCUGUCGUUGUUUAUUUUGAUUGUUACCACUCUGACAUUAAAAAUACAAUGUUGUGUUUUUUUUGUGUUUUA